AUGGACAUUGAAGAACGCGAAACAUUAAAACCGUAUCUACUCAAUUUACGGCACGAAAUAUCACAGUUAGUAGUAGCUAGCGAUCCAAAAAACCUGAAUUACGCUCAACAAUUAUCAGCCAACAAAGAACAAUGGCUGCGAGAAUCAAAUCGUGUUGUUCACCGUCAGAAUCAGUCAAAGAAUCAAUCUAAUAACACUCCGCCCGUAUUUAAACGAACUGCUAUUGAUCUACAACCACAAGGCAAUCAAGGAAAAUUCCCACCUCGAGUAUACCAAACAGCGGAGAAUCCAGAGGAAACAUUUCAAGAGUCAACUGUACCACCACAGGAAAAUUAUUAUUAA